AAAAAAAAAAAUUGAAGGACAAAUUCCUUACCCAGAGACCCAAAUCCAUCCACGUCGUUACCGGCUAUUGGGAGACUUCUGUUCCCACCGUCAAUGUCGUUCGACGCAACAAAACCAUCCAUGACUUCAAUGGCUUCCCCAAGGAAAAGACCAGGAGCUCCAGAGUUGGCAAAGACAGUGAAGGAAUUACUGUUGGCAUCUGGUUUUGAGCAUGUUGAUGAAGAUAGGAAACGUGGGCUUGACCGUGGUGCAUGGGCAUUGGCCCCUCUCAAAGAGGAAGGUGUCCUUAUCAUUGGUUCAGGAAGCGCCACUCACAGCUUGAGGGCUCUCAAACAGUAUGCGGGUGAUGGUUCAGUUGUUCCUUGGGCUCUGGCAUUUGAAACUUGGCUUAAAGAUGCACUCCUUGAAGGAAGAUAUGAAGAUGUGAAUCGCUAUGAAGAGAAGGCACCAUAUGCAAAGAUGGCACACCCUUGGCCAGGGCACUUCUUUCCAUUGCAUGUGGCUUUGGGGGCUGCCAGUGAAGAUGCAAAGCGCAGGCUUAUCCACCAUAGCUGGAGCCGUGGUACCCUUUCUUAUGCAUCUUAUCAAUUUACUGCUGCCAGCUGAAUUUCAAUCUCAAAAACAUUUUCUUAUUGUCUGUGCUAGCUGUACAAUAUGUUUACUUUGAAAUACCAUUAUAUGCAAUAAAAAGAUCAGUGCCGAUGUUCCUGUGCAUGUAAACUAUGUUUAAAAACGAUUAAUUUAGACAUUGUUGUUAAAAUCAAGUUGUGUUAUUGUG